CGCGACAACUUGGACAGCGCAGGAUGUCGCAGAGAGGACGUCUUCUGUUGCAACUGCUGCUCGGUCUGGUUGUGCUGAAGGAGUCGUCCACGUCCGGCGGUGCCGGUGGUACCGUUCACGAGGGCGAGUCCUCUUCUCGCCAGGCACCGCAUCACCGACAGAAGAGGGUCUUCUGGUUCACGAACGACGGUCGUAUCGCGCUACCACCUGGCACCGUGAUGACAAUCACGCCAACGUUGGCGUUGCCCUUUGUCCGGCACCCGCCUUACGGCUUCCUCAGCAACAUGACCAUCAGUCUGCCGUUCACGAUCGACUUUGAUAAGCUGGGCCUGACGGAUAACGAGAACCCGUACGGCGCUCUGCCGCCGAGCUUCGACAGGAAGCUGAAGGGCCGGCAGGCCGGCAUGAUGAUGGCGGAUUUCAUCGCGGCGUUUAUCAAGCGCAGAUUACACAAGCGGGAUGCGACGGAGAUGCCGAGAAAUGCGUUCCACGGCGGCGAACGGGCCCUGCUUUACGGCACCGCCGAGGAUAUGCUGAGCACGCUGGGAAUGAACGGGAAAGCGUGUCUGUUGAGGGCGAUCUGCGAGGUUCAGGGACACCAUCUGAACAACUUUGGGCUGAUCGGUGAAAUGCUCAAGUUAUUCUUCACCGCCAGUCGAUCGCCGUUCGCAAAUCUCCUCAAGGAAUACGUCGAGGCGGAAAACCGCGGGAAAUUUCAUGGCGAGUGUUGGCCCUACUUCAAGGACUGUCCGAAAUCUUUAUUUCUGCCGUCCAGCAACAAGUAUCAGAAAGAUUCGUUGCACGAAGAGGAGGAAGAGGAGGAUGAACAUUGGAAUCAAAUCUCCAACGAUCUCGACGAAGAACCUCUCACGAGGAUAUCGGGGCAUAACACAAAGGACACCGUACAACCCAUGUAGUUUUAGUAUAGGUAAUUAUAGUUGUUCUCGGUGGUCCACGCGCAAAAGUCUCGUCCUCCCUCUCCCGAGCGCAGAUUCUUUCACGAAUUCCAUUCAAGUAAAAUGAGAAUUCUGUCUUAAAGAGGGAAGGGAAACUGACUUAUCCUCAUUACUGUUAAUCAUCAUCCAGCAAACACCAAGUAACAUGUACCCUACGCACCAUGUGUUAAGUUACAUGUUGAUUGGUGUUUAAUGGGCAGUUUUUGUUCGGCCCAUAGUCGAUUGACUCUGAAUCCAUCGCGCAUGAGAAGAUAUCGUUUAAUUAAUUAAGCUAUAGAUCGGAAAUCACAAUUAAAUAAUGUGCGAUUAACAUGCCCUGUAAAUACGGAAUCGCUGUAAAUGCGAGACGCACGGGAAGAAUUCGUACGACCCUGGCAAGGAAAGGCUGCUAGAUAACUAAAAUAGAUAACAGAGCGCGUGGAUAAAGAGAUUACCAUUAUCGUGACCAUGAUAAUAUGACAGAUUGAAUUCUUGGCCGAAAAUGUUCGUAUAACGCUACAUACAUGUACAUACCAUCCGUAACACGAGAAACUGUCAGAAGUUUCGGCUAGUCGCCGGCAUUGUAAAACACGUGACGCUAACGAUUGUUGUUUUAUAUGCUUUGUUGUUUUGUACAACAUAAGAAUAGCCAUAUAGCUAUAGCUGCGUACGAUUGUUCGUACAGGAUCGCGAGGAGAAGCACAGAUCAACGAUAAAGCGUCGGUCUCGUGCAUUUGUGUGUUCAUACAGGGAUGAAAGUAGAAUAAUAAGUAUUUCCUCUCGCAUGCGUAGGUGAUAUAAUUUAUUAAUUUGAUUUACAUAUUAAUAAUUAAUAUAGAUAUAUAUUUCGAGCGAAUCGUUGUAUAUAUAAUUGAACUCUUGUUAAACGACUAUCGAAUAAUUCUAAUUUAAUUUCUUUCACACAUAAUUUUAUACGAUAAGUUACGAUUUAUAAUAUAAGUCUUGAUCGAAAUUUUAAGCUUUUAAGCUUCUUCGUGAGAUUCUGGACAUUGGCAUGCGGACACUUUUGGGACAAUGUCCUGUACAAUGAGGCACUAUCACGGCACAUACCGGAUAUUCGAGAAUUCCGGAACGCGACACCCUGCUGCCAUAAUAUUUUUACGGCCGCGCCGAGACGCCCGCGCCCGGAGAAGAAGUGAAGAAGUCGCGAAUCGUCAAGGGGACGACUCGCGACUUCUCCGGCUCGCAUCUACCGGGCGCCUCGGCGCGGGCGUAACAAUAUAAAUAUAGUAAUAUGUAUCGGUACAGUUUGCUUCAUUACUGAAUGUAAAAUUGAGCUAUUUAUGAAAUAUUGUC